AUGCUCGGGCUCAAUGGAACAGUCUUCAUGCCCUCGGUGCUGAUGCUCAUUGGAAUCCCUGGCUUGGAGGUUAUGCAGUGCUGGAUCGGGAUUCCUUUCUGUGCCAUGUACAUCAUUGCUCUGAUGGGGAAUUCCCUGCUCCUAGUCAUCAUCAAAAGUGACUGCAGUCUCCAUGAGCCCAUGUAUUUCUUCCUGGCAAUGCUUGGAGCAACAGACAUUGCUCUCAGUAGCUGCAUCCUACCCAAAAUGCUAGGAAUAUUCUGGUUUCAUCUGCCAAAUAUAUAUUUUGAUGUCUGUCUCUUGCAGAUGUGGUUCAUCCACACAUUCCAGUGUAUUGAGUCAGGUACUUUGCUGGCCAUGGCACUGGAUCGCUAUGUGGCAAUCUGUUACCCGCUGAGGCAUGGAUCCAUUUUUACCCACCAAUUUCUCACUUGGAUUGUGGUUGGGGUGACCCUCAGAGCAGCCCUUCUUGUAGCUCCAUGUCUCAUCCUUAUCAAAUGCCGGCUGAAGUUCUACCGGACCACUGUUAUCUCCCAUUCCUACUGUGAGCACAUGGCCGUCGUGAAAUUGGCAGCAGAAGAUGUUCGAAUCAACAAGAUCUAUGGUCUGUUUGUGGCUUUCAGUAUACUUGGACUCGACAUAAUCUUUAUCAUACUCUCCUACAUUCGGGUAUUUUUAACUAUCUUCAGUGUACCUCAAAAAGAAGCUAGGCUUAAGGCCUUCAACACCUGCAUUGCCCACGUUUGUGUUUUCCUUGAGUUUUAUAUCCUCGGUUUCUUCUCCUUUUUUACUCACAGGUUUGGUUUUCACAUUCCAUCUUACAUUCAUAUUCUUCUGUCCAACCUUUACCUACUUGUCCCACCUUUUCUCAAUCCUAUUGUUUAUGGGGUAAAGACCAAACAGAUUCGAGAUAGAAUGUUCAAGAUUUUCUACUCUAAAAAUGUUUCUUGA